CGAAGCAAUCUCUACCUUUCUUAAACUGAUACGCGCUUUUGUUGGAAUAGAGGUAUUUGGUGUUCAACUUGCUAGGUCCUGGAUUAUAUCGAUUUUGAUGCACCUUCACCUUCAAGAGCUGCAGACGUUCGCUUUUUAUUGUUGGACCACAGGGGGCCGACCGCUCACACUAGCAGAUACUUCUGAAACGCGGUACUAUUCGUAUCCCAUCCCCGUCGAAAAGUUCGGCCAUGGUUUUCCAAGUUGGUGACACGGUGAAGAUUCACGGACUGGCGAACCGUGUGGAACUGAACGGGAGGACGGGCAGAGUGGUAGAAGCCGAUGAUUCACCGCCUGUUUCCAACUCUGGUAACGCAGCAGCAUCUCAUUCGCCGGCGGGAGCUGGAGUAGGCCGUAGGGUGACUGUUGCUGUGAAUGCAAGUUCAUCGUCGUCGAGUUCAUCUGUUUCGGGUUCUGGACGAGGAACAACUGCCGCGGCGCAAGAACAGCAGCUUUUUCAGCACGUUCGGAUUCGAGAGGAGAACUUAAAAGAGGUGUUUGUGCUGAAUCAGAAACAGACUGAUCCACUUUCUGAUCCUCGUGGUCGUGGUCCUUCGCGAUACCGCAGUGCUUUCGCUGGCGACAGCACGACUACAGGUCCUCGUACAGCUCCUUCGCAAGACGACGGGGGUGCAAGCGCAGGCAAUUUUUUCCCUUUCGAGAUGAACUCCUCUCCGACGUCUAUCUUUUCUACGCUCCUGGAUCAGUUCAUGCCAUUCAAGUUUCUACCCGGAACUACCAAUGACGAUGCGCACACAGCCAGUCGUUCUGAUGCAGAACAACAGCAUCAAGGGACGACGAGAAGGAACGACAGAAAUGGACCUCCAAGAGCCCCACCUCCCAACUCAAAUCAAACCCCGCACUACAACCAUCGGAGGUUUUCCUCCCUGGCCCGGGAAAACGCCCGCGCGGAGCUGAUAAAGCAAACAAAACGGAUAUGGGAGUGUCAGGAGUGAAAUUGACAAAGUCGAAAUAACUUGUAAUGCAUAAUAUCGAUUCCAGUUGGAAGCCCAAUUUCCAAGCGGUGCAUGACAAAUUUUCGGAGCACCGGAAUCCAAUUUGUCAUGCUGUUUCGGCACAGAAGAAUGCUCCCGUAGCAGCUCUAUCCCAAACCCUAAAUAGGCUCACAAUCUGCCUCACUUGGCAUCCCGGCAUGACAGGCACCUCAUGCCUUGCUUUUUCUGCAUGACGAAUCAUUUUUUCAACUUUGUCGAUUUCAAACCUGACACUUCCAUAACGGACCGGGUGUUUGGUGCUGAUCGGGGUUUGUGUGCUCGUUUACCUUUGGUGGAAUUGGGACGGAAUCGUGUUGAAGCACAAGCAGAUGAUAUUACAAUGAAAAAUGCCUCCUCCCCAUAUCAAAACGGAAAUCUGUGAUGCAGAUUUGUGGUCACAAAUCAGGUUUGUGAUGCUAGAAGGCAAACGAUGCGGACUGUAGUGCUGUCUAGCGUGGGGAAGCCUUGCAGCUCCAGGAUGACAGGAGGCAGCUGGAAGUGGCAAGCAGCAUGACAGAUUACCUGCAAUUUAGGCCGCAGCUUCGUCUCUUGGCCUUCUAGCAAUACAAGCCGAUUUGUGUACUCAAAUACAGCACCACAAAUUCGCGCAUCUUCCGUUUCCGAUAUGGGGUGGGGGCUUUUUUCACUUUGAUAGAUGAGAGAAGAGCAAGAAAGAAGUAGAUCUUCAAGGGAAAUAAACUUGUACGGACGUCGGAGCAGCAGUGGUGGAAAAAAUAAAGGGGGUAGUAAAAAAUCAUCUGCAAAUGAGAUACCGGUAGAGAAUCUUCGGGCACAAAAAGCUGCUGCGAAGGCCGAGGCGCUGUCCAAGAUGAACCGGAGGAAAAACAGGGCUGAUACAACUAGAGGAGAACAAGACAACAGCGGAGCGGGCGCGAGCUGGGAUAGUGAUCAUGUUGAAGUUCUUGAAGAUGAUGAGGAGAAUGAGGAAUAUGUUCAUGUUGAGAACAACAAGUACACCGCCAGCGCCAACCACAACGAAAAGAUUCGCAGUCAAAACCGCCGCUUGGGCCGGGAGCAACGCGCUUCUUUUAGUGAAGAUCCAGUGCCCGAGCGGCCGGGCGAGCAAAAGGGAACAGAGAGGACCAAUGGGACGGCGCCUUUAUUUUCCACCUGGUUUUUCUUUUCUGAUGCAGGCACAGGCUCAGGCUCAGCCGUCAGUGAUUUGUACUUCACGAAAUACGAGUCGUUGAUAAAGAAGUCGCUCUUCGUGCUCCUCGGGCUGUACCUGUGCUACUCGGCGAAACUGCACCAGCAGGUCUUGCAGCGGCUGAACUUUUUGCAGCUGCUGUUUUUCGUGCAGUUGCUGCUCCAAUUCUUCUGGGGCACGAACAGCCUCUUCCGGUUAUUACAGUGAAAAGUGCCCCCCACCCCUGACAUGGCAAAAGUUUGUGAUGCGAAGUUUCCACCAAAUGAAAACUUUUUGCCAUGCAUGACAGGAGUAUGAAUCUUUCUGAUGCCGAGUCUAGGCGUGUAUCGCAUCGCUUGCAUGACAAGCGCCGCUCUUGCUGGGGUCUUUUGCAAUACAAAUUUUUGCUAUUCACGAUUGGAAACCUGUGAUGCUGAUAGGUGCACGACGGCGAAUGUUUCAGUUGGAAAGGUUUGCAAUACAAAUGCUCCCAAGUAGAUCGAGGAGGGGGCAUUUUUCAUUGUAAUGCCGGUCGCUUUUUCAGAACAGCUUUGGAGGUUUUGGGAACUUCUUCCACUGGAGAAGCGCGGACUCGAGGGUGCAGUUCUUCUUUUUCCGGUGAGAGGGAACGAAACAAGGUGGGUACGACGGGGGAAGUGGUGAUGAAUGCGUGGUGGCGCCGGAGGUUGAUGUGCUGCUGAUUAGUUCAGAAAGUAGAGAAUGCAAGCACGACACGACGAGAACUCUUCUCCAGAUGAUCGUCGCACGACCGAAGCCGAAGAUUUUUCCGAAGUAUGAUUGUCACUAUAGCAAAAGAAAAAACAACAGAAACCCGCAUGAGAAACAUCCUGAGCAUGGCAAAGUUUACGGUCCUGUAUGUAAGGACGUUUUUACUUAGGACAGUG